UCCACCACGCGGCACCGUAACUCUGCGAUUGGAUCAGUAUGAAAAAAGCGUCAUCCUCACUGGCCGAUGUAAGUCGCCGUUUGAUGACGCGCCAGCUGUGAUGCAAACAUGGCGGAGCGAGAAGCGCUGAAGAGGCAGAUCGAUCUUCUCCAGGAUCUCAUCAAUAAGCACAAGAGCGUCCAUGGCGACGCACCGUUUCCAACGGCCGAGCCGACGCAGCUACAAGCUCCAGCGUCCGUCAGAGGCAGAGGUCACGGCACGUCAUUCGUCCAUUCCUACGGCUCCGGAGGUGGAGGGAGAGUUUACGUGCCUCCGACUCGUGGGAGUUGGAGGAAAAAGCAUUCUCUGAGAAACAAGACCGCUCAAACCUCUUUUGAGCAUCACUCCGCGUCUACGUCCUCCUCCUCUGUGGAACAGUCUUAUUCCCUGCCCAGCCACAGCAGAGGAGAGGAAGGAGGAGGCCGAACCAGAAGUGACCCUUCACUGUCGGGGAUAGCCCAACAGAAGAAAGAUGGACGUGGAAGCAGCACCACAGGGAUUGGGAAAGAUGCAACAAAGAAACCAUCAACAGAUGUUCUACGUCAGAGUCAGAGUUCGAGACAGACUCAAGAAUUCCAGCCAAAGGCAGCAAGCGGGAAAGUCGCCCUCCCAGGAAAGAUGGCCGACGUUUCUUUGGUGGUUCCUCCUUUCGUCGAUACCACGACCUCGCUGAGCGGCUCCGUGGUACAGAUCAAACCUUCUCUGAUCAGCAGAACCAGCACCGAGUCUAAAUGGACUCCAGUAGCUCCUAAGACUGGUAACAUCACUUUACCUGCCUCUGCUCUGACUAAGGUAGAAAAAAACCAACAACCUUCACCCAACCUCGCAUCUCAGACCAGCCAGACGCAAAUCAGUGAGUCUUAUUUGAAAAAAUCCAAGUUCACUUGGAUUAAGAGCCAGAACGUGGGAGGACAAGCCCCAGGAAAGGCCGUGUCUGUUUCCGCAGCAUCAGUCUCUAAAGCUGGAUCCCCCUCGAUCACAUCAAGCAGGAGAACCCCCACCAAGAAGUUGCCGCGGAAGCUUAGCCCCGUCACCGUUGCCCCCAAGACCUCCAAGUACAAAUGGGUCUCCGCCGCCGGAGCCCAAACCAAGACGUCACGGAAACCGCCGUCUCCAAAAGGCCUGACUCUUCCUCACAGAGCUCCGGAGAAGGGGGAGGCCACCAGGAGACUCCGAUCGCCCGCCGCUCCCUCCGCGAAGACGAGAAGAGCGACCGGCUCCUCGCUCAGCAGUCGUUACCGCUGGAAGGCGGCGGGCCAGAGUUCCCCCGGAGGAGGAGCAGCAGCAGCGACAGCAGCCGGGGCGUCGGCGUUGACGGCGCGUCGCAGAUCCGCCUUCCACUGGACCGCGGAGAGAAGCGGCAGAGGGGUGAGAGGAGGGCUGGUCGUUAACCCGUCUCUGCCUCACCGGGCCUCCCUCCCGCCGUCCUCCCCCGCUGGUUUCAAACUCCGCAGCAGGAUGAAAAUCAUCAGGAAGUCUCCGAACAGCGGAGGUGGAAGCAGCCCGUCAGCAGGAAAGUUCUUCCCCCGGGGCCGAGUACACGCCGCCACCAGGACGCCCCCGGGAGUCAGGAGGACGCCGUCCAGGGAGCUGGUGUCUUUUGGCAGACACAAGCUGAGGCGACUCUCCCCUCUGACGUCAACAAGGACAAGUCCCGCCUAUGCCUCCGCCUCCUCCCACUGUAGCCCCGCCUCCCAGCGGGUGUUCCGGACCCGCUACAAGAUGGUGACCCGCCCGGGGUCCAGCGCUGCCCACCAAACCCUCCACUACAACCCCGCCCUGUCCUGGAGAGCCAAGAGGAUCCAGUCUGCCAGGAGUUUCCUCCAGAGCCGCCUUCGCUCUCCCCACCACCACGACCGACACCCGGCGUCCACGCAGCACUGGAGAGGAAGCGGCAUGUGCUGGAUCGGCGGCUCCCUGUACCGCGUGUCGGCCAACAAGCUGUCGCGCACCGCGGCGUCCAACGUGUCCGUCGGCCGAACAGGACGGUUCUCCGGCCCCCACACCUCCCCCGUGAGUCCCGCCUGGAGCCGACACUCCAGCACCCGUCACUUAGCCAGCCGCGCAGUUCAGCGGAGCCUCGCCAUCAUCAGACACGCCCACCAGAAGAAGCAGCAGAAGCAGUACUGUAUGUACUACAACCGCUUCGGCAAGUGUAACCGCGGCAACAGCUGUCCCUUCAUCCACGACCCGGACAAGGUGGCCGUCUGCACGAGGUUUCUGCGAGGGACGUGCAAGCGGGCGGACGGGACCUGCCCAUUCUCCCAUAAGGUGGCGAAGGAGAAGAUGCCGGUGUGUUCGUACUUCCUGAGGGGAAUCUGUAACAACAGCGACUGUCCCUACAGCCACGUCUACGUGUCCCGCAAGGCCGAGGUCUGCCAGGACUUUGUCCGAGGCUACUGUCCCGAGGGAGAGAAGUGUAAGAAGAAACACACUCUGGUGUGUCCCGACUUCUCCAAGUCCGGCUCCUGCCCCCGAGGAACUCGCUGCAAGCUGCAGCACCGUCAACAACACGCCAAACGGGGCGCGAGUGGUGCCCCCACCCCCACCUCCACCACCGCGCCGGCCAAGAGAGCCCGGACCAGCAAGAGGCCCUGUCUGUCAGUCGUCAUGCCGGACGCCCCGCAGGCGGCCGCGGGGACGCCCGCCCCGGGUCCUCUGGCUCUGCCGUCCUUCAUCUCCCUCUCCAGCUCCCCGGAGGAGCCCGACGCUCCGGACACUCUGCCGGCCGAGGCCUCGCAGGUUAGAGAGAGGAAGCUGCAGAUCAAACCUCGGCUGUGAGGUCACAGGAGCGGCAGCGGCGGCGGAGGUGAAUGAUUUCAGAUUUCUGAGCUGCAGGUUUGUCCUGACGAGUGUUUCUGUUUCUCUUCCCUCUGAACCAUUUAAACUCAGGCCCCUGAACGUUUUUUUUUUAUUUUCCUCUUAUUGUGUCUUCUACGACAACAUCAGAUUUAGUGAACGUGUCAAGUUUGGAUGUUUUUCUCUUCAGGUUUUGUAAAUUAAAGACAAAGAUACAAAAUAAAGUAUUCAAUCUUUCUGCAA